GCGAAUCUGCUCUGUGCAGCACAAACAGUUUUGCUUCAGUGUUUGUUUGCAUGGAAGUGUGUGUGUGAGGACCAUGCUCCAAUAUGUUGUGUGGACUGCGGAGAGAAUUAAAUAACAUCGUUGAUGAUGGGCCUUACUCCAAAGGCAACAAGGAAUCUUCAGGGCCUGACAGUUCUCUUAUCUCCAGAAGACAGAGCAUCCCAGAAGAGCUGAGGGGGGUGACACUGGUGGAGCUGAUUAAGAAAGAGGGUAGUACACUAGGCCUCACCAUCUCAGGAGGAACAGACAAAGAUGGCAAACCUCGUGUCUCUAACCUCAGACCAGGAGGCUUAGCAGCCAGGAGUGACCAGCUGAAUGUGGGGGACUAUAUAAAGUCAGUGAACGGCAUCAAUCUGACUAAGCUGCGUCACGAUGAGAUCAUCAGCUUGCUGAAGAACGUGGGCGAGCGUGUUGUGCUGGAAGUGGAGUAUGAGCUGCCUCCAUCUGCACCAGAUAGCACCUCAGGCGUUAUAUCGAAGACAGUUGAGAUCUGUUUACACAAAGAGGGCAAUAGUUUUGGCUUUGUAAUGCGGGGUGGCGCUCACGAAGACUGGAACAAAUCUCGGCCCUUAGUAGUUACGUAUGUUCGGCCAGGAGGCCCUGCUGACAGGGAGGGAACGUUGAAGGCAGGUGAUCGACUCCUCAGCGUGGAUGGUGUUCCCUUACACAGUGCCAACCAUAAUGAAGCCCUUGCUAUGUUGGCACAGUGUAGCCAGGAGGCCAUUUUCCAAACCGAAUAUGAUGUCACUAUUAUGGAUUCAGUAACAAAUGCUUCUGGCCCAUUGCUGGUGGAAAUAGCCAAGUCUCCUGGGGCGAGUCUGGGUAUCACAUUAACCUCUGCCACAUACAGAAACAAACAAGUUAUCAUCAUUGACAAGAUCAAAGCUGCCAGCGUGGUCGACAGGUCAGGAGCUUUACAUGUAGGUGAUCACAUCCUGUCCAUAGACAGCACAAGUACAGAGCAUUGCACCGUGCUGGAGGCCACUCAGCUAUUAGCCAGCACCUCAGACGUGGCCAAGCUGGAGGUCCUUCCUGCUCAUCAUAUGCGCCUGACCAGCAAAGCUCAGGACACUGUGAAGGUCCAGAAAAGUGACCAUCCCCAUUCCUGGGACCCGUGUGUGAACUACUGCCAAUCUCAGCAUGCUGCUCAAUGUAAGACUCCCACGUGGAUGUCCACCUCGAGCAAUGCGUCCAGCACUCAGGACUACUGCAAAUUAGCUGUAGUCUGCACUAAUUUCUCCCCCGCAUCCACCACUACAUCAGGCAUGACGAGUCAGUCAUCCAGCACUCUGCCGCGCACUCCACAUCCCAUGAGCCCCCGCAACUCCAUGCUGAAGAGGAGACAGAGAAAAAAAGAGCACAAGAGCUCGUUUUCUUUAGCCUCAAGUUCAGUGGGUCCUGGAGGUCAGAUAGUUCAUACAGAGUCCAUCGAGGUCACUCUAACAGGAGAUCCUCUGAGCGGCUUCGGGGUUCAGCUGCAGGGGGGAAUAUUCGCCACCGAGACACUCUCUACGCCGCCAGUGAUCCGCUUUAUAGAGCCUGACAGCUCAGCUGAAAAGUGUGGGCUGCUUCAGGUUGGCGACCGUCUUUUGUCAAUCAAUGGUAUUCCUACAGAGGAUGGAACGAUGGAGGAGGCAAAUCAGCUGCUCCGUGAUGCUGCUCUGACUAAUAAGGUCAUGCUGGAGAUUGAGUUUGAUGUAGCAGAGUCAGUAGUGCCUAGUAGCGGCACCUUUCAUGUGAAGCUGCCAAAGAAGAGAGGAGUUGAGCUCGGGAUCAUAAUCAGUGCCAGUAAAAAGCCAGGCGAGCCUCUGAUCAUAUCUGACAUAAAGAAAGGAAGCAUGGCUCACAGAACAGGGACUUUGGAGCCCGGUGACAAGCUGCUGGCUAUAGAUAACAUUCGACUGGAGAGCUGUUCCAUGGAAGAUGCAAUGCAGAUCCUUCAGCAAAGUGAAGACCUGGUCAAGCUCAAGAUCCGCAAGGAUGAAGACAACUCUGAUGAGCAGGAGACAUUAGGCUCCAUUAUCUACACAGUGGAACUAAAGCGCUAUGGUGGCCCCCUGGGUAUCACCAUCUCAGGCACGGAGGAGCCCUUUGACCCCAUUGUCAUAUCAGGCCUCACUAAGAGAGGUCUAGCGGAAAGAACAGGGGCUAUUCAUGUUGGUGAUCGAAUCCUUGCCAUUAACAAUGUGAGUCUGAAGGGCAAACCUCUGAGUGAAGCCAUCCACUUACUUCAAAUGGCUGGCGAAAGCGUGACACUGAAAAUCAAAAAGCAGAUUGAUGUGGCAGAUGAGAAGAAAAGGAACAAUAUAGAUCUUGAAAAUGAGCUGAGUGAUAACGAUGACUCAGAAAUGACAGAUUCUCAGAAGACCAGUAAGUUGUCAGAGAUCUUUUCCACCACUAUUCCAAGUGUGGACUCUGCUAUGGAAUCGUGGGAUGGAUCUACUAUAGAUGCUAGUUAUGGGAGCCAAGGUGGAUACAGCCACCAGGUAGCAGGUAUUGCCUUACAUCCACAUGAGUGGCGCAGUGCCAAGAACAGGAACAGCACCCCUCCUCCUGGCCACCACAAGAACUACCUGCUGAGUGACGGAGGAUUCAGUGAGGAGGACUGGGACAAGCAUGCAGGAUUUGCCAGCCAGACUCCUGCUGAUGGCAUCAUGCUGGACCACGAGGACAACUUCUGGUGCCAGGCUCUGGAGGACUUGGAGACGUGUGGGCAGUCAGAACUCCUUCGUGAGAUUGAGGCCUCAAUAAUGACUGGCAGUACUGUGAGUUUGGGAGUUGAGAGCACCAAGUCUCAGAGUGAAUCAGGGAGCCAGGCCAACAUCAGCCCUCUCAGAAAGAGCUCGCAUCUUCGCAAUGAUGCCAAGAGCAAGAGCACACUACGCAUGUCAGAGAAGACCUGGGAAUCACGGAGGAUCAAGGAGGAGAUGCAAGAGAUCCUGUCUCCCACUCCACUAGAACUGCACAAGGUGACAGUUAUUAAGGAUCCAGAAAGAGAUGAUUUUGGCUUCAGUGUGUCAGACGGUUUCUUGGAGAAAGGUGUCUAUGUAAACAUGAUCCGGCCCGAGGGUCCAGCAGACCGUGCAGGACUCCGGCCGUAUGACAGGAUCCUCCAGGUCAAUCAUGUGAGGACACGAGAUUUUGACUGCUGCUUAGCUGUGCCUCUUAUCACAGAAGCUGGAGAUAAACUGGAGCUUGUUAUUAGCAGAAAUCCAUUAACUCAGCCUGGUGUUGGUCAAUCUCUCGACUGCCAUUCACGUUCAGCUUCUUUGACACACAGCCGAGAGCACAGCAAGAGCACCAUGGAACUGUGACAGCACACUAACCUGGCAGUUAAUCCACAGAUUCCCUGAAACACAGAUUCUCCAGGAACUGCUCUACAUGCCAUUCAAAACACUCUGAACCUUGGACCGUAUGUUCAAUCGAUGUGACAGGUUUUCAGUAAAACAUAAACAAUGACCUGUGCUAAAGUUUUUUUUCGUUUUUUUUUAACAGAACUACUGUACAGUAUGAUUGAAAUAGAACAGGAAGUGUGAAUGACCUUGUCCAACACUUACAGAGUCUUCUUGUUUGCACCGAAAACAAAGAGCUACAGUACUUCUUCUCCAACGGCAUAAAAAAGAAAUGAUACUGGAUGAAGGUCAAACUUUUCACCAUUGUGUAUAAUGUACACCUUUGUAGUCUUUUCAUAGUGGCCAUCCUAAUGUAGAAAAGAACAUGCCCUUCAUAAAGCUUUCAUUAAACACUGUAUUUUUCCACUAUCAAGCCAAAGGCUGAGUAAAUGUGGGCUGGUUACGUAAGAUUCAAAAUAUGUUUGCCAUUGCCAGGCCAAGUCCAGCCCUAGAAUUGGCUCUCUCACAUGGUUGGUGCCCCCACCACCACCCCACCCCAUCACAGUGUUCAAGUCAUUCUUUUUUGCCCACUAAUACCCUAACUGAAAGAGUGGAAAACACAAUGCAUAAGAGGACUCCUAUUGCAGUGUUCUGGAUAAAUUGAAACCUAAUAAAGGGGCUGUUUGAGUUCUGAACAAAGCUCUGACAUGACACACUAUUCCUUUAUUUGACAGAGUAUGAAUAUUGGGUUCUGUUUGUACAAGAAGGAAAUUCAUUUCUUACAUCUACAAACUUACACACCUUGACAAGCAUUGAGUAUUGCACAAAUUUAUGUAAUUAGCACACACUCACACACACAUACACACACACACACACCAGUCCAUGCUAGUGUUUGCUCUUAGAUUUGAUACUGGGAAUGACUUUUAUGCUCAUGCAUUUAAACCUUUCCACAUUUUCUAGUGUACAAUUCAUCCUGGAAUUAAAAUGGAUUUACGUUGAAUUUUUAAAAUAUGGGAUUUUUACAAUUUAUUUGAUGAAGGUGCAACAUAAUUUUCAUUGUGAGAUGCUUUUUUAAACAAAAAAGCAGACAUUUUAUAUGAUUAUAUACAACAAUACAAUGUUAUACAUCUGGAUCCUGCGUUUAUUUUAGUUUAUUUGAUUAUUUUUGCCCAUUUUUCUUCAAAUUUGCAAGUUCUAUUUCCAGAUCAUUAUGACAUGCUGAAAAUAAGACGCUACCACCACCAUGCUUCAGCUGUGAAGAUGUUUUUUUUUUCAUAGUGAUGAGCGUUGUUGGUUUCCUCCCAAAAAUAACACUAUGUACCAAGACCAAGAAGUUCAAUUUUGCACUGCAAUGUCUUUUAGUUUUAAAAAUUUUUAUAGUCUUCUGUGUUCUUCUGUGAAGCCCAGCUUUGUAGACUGGGGAUAGAUGCCUUGUGAACAGCUUCUACAGCCUUGUGAACUAUCUUAGCCGUAGAACUCUUCAGCUCCUAGAGAUCUUAACUUUAUGUUCAUCUCUUACUAGAUGUUUACUUCACUGACUAAUGCUAUUUUUACAUGGUCACUGAUCAAACACUGAUUGUUGAUGGAAUAUUUAAUUGGCUUUAUAAUGCUUUUUAUUUUCAUGUGUUCUCUAAUAGACUGUGAAUUUUGAGAUCAUGUGAUAUUAUUUGCACAGACAUUUAAAUAGGACCCAAUUUAAAUAAUUGUCAUAUUUUAUUAUUUUUAUGUUAUGUUAAUUUAUUGUUUUUCCAGCAACACUACUGAUGCAUUCUGAUGCAGUUUGACAUUUUUAUUAGUUAAUAAUUUUGCAAUGUAUUUUAUAUACAUUUGUGGAAUAUAAUUCCAUAUAAAUCCAUUUCAGUUUCAGGUUGUAAGAUUAGAAAAUGUGGAAAAGUGCAAGGGGUUGGGGUUAAUACGUUCGAGGCUCUGUAACUUUAACAACUUCGCCCUUCACCAUGUGUGUUCAGGACUCAAGGGCACAUUGCUUUCUUUUGCAGUGAGCUUUGUAGGCAACUCAUGCUAUAACUGAUGAAGCUUGCCAAACAUCUCAGACAUUUUGCUCAAGUUAUUUUUAUCUCACCUUCCUGAAAAGGUCUCAUAAAUCUGUGUGUAGCCAAGUCACAUUUGGAAAGAUCAAACCUUUGGGUUUAGUUUUAUUUGAAGCCUGUUUCAUUUACAAGAGUCAAACAACAGUAAGUGAUCUGGUGUGGACUAGGGAUUGGCAGCUAGUGCAUUAAAAAACAAUUUGUUUCCAUACCAUACAAUAACCUCCACUUAAAAAAAAAAACAAUAAAAAUAAAAAAUUAAAUUAAAAAAGAAUUAGGUAAAUGAUCGACUGAAUUUGCAAAAUGCAACAGCGUCUGGAUUUUGGGCAGAACUUUCAUACUGUUUAUUUGCCCUUAAAAUCAUGGCAUCCUUUAUGGGGACUGACUCUAAAAAUCAUUCCUGUUGCCAUAGCAGUUUAUUUUCUGGAAUUAUUUCAGUAUUCGGUGGAAUUAUUUCCUGCCUUCUUUGCAGUCCUAAUGACCAUGCUGGAAAGCACAAGCAAGAUCUAUUUCUAAUAAAAACAGAAAGCACUCAUUGUUCUCAGAGACUCUGGUGAAUUCACACUGGAACAAUCCAUGGCUCUGUUCACAACUGUCCCACCCAAUGUCACUCCUUUAUCCAGUCUUAUAAAACUAUUGACAAUGGGUGAGGAUUCAGCUAUAGAUUUUUCACAUAGAAAAAGCCGAAUAUUAAAACGUCUGGUUUUACUAAGGCUUAGACCAGUAUUUAGACCUGGGACAUCAUUUUUACCUUUUCUCUCCUUGACAGUGUUCCAUGUAAGUAUUAAAUGUGAUGUUCACAAACCCUAAAAAAA